CGUUCGCGCCUCGUUUAUAAAUUAACUCAAUGCGCAUGCGCUUGAGUUGUUUUUAUUGUGAGUAUCGAACUAUAAGCAUAGUAUAAACGCUAGAGAAGAGGUUAUCGUGUGCGUCUAUAAUUUUUUGUUGUUCGAAUUAAUAUAAGAAAAAGCUAAAAUGUCGAUUGGAGUACCGAUAAAAGUACUCCAUGAAGCGGAAGGUCAUACCAUAACCUGUGAAACAAAUACUGGCGAAGUAUAUCGCGGCAAAUUGAUAGAAGCCGAAGACAAUAUGAAUUGUCAAAUGCAAAAUAUCACUGUAACUUAUAGGGAUGGUCAUGAGGUGCAAUUAGAAAAUGUUUAUAUUAGAGGUUCGAAGAUUAGAUUUCUCAUAUUACCAGAUAUGUUGAAGAACGCGCCAAUGUUUAAACGACCGGGAGGAAAAGGUUCAGGAACCGCAGGCAGAGGAAAAUCUGCUAUCUUACGUGCCCAAGCUCGUGGAAGAGGUAGAGGUCAAAAUCAAAGAGGUAGAGGAACAGGUUCUGCACCUUGGCUUAAUCAACAAAAUCAACCUGGAGGAUCUCAAGCAGGAAGAGGACGAGGUUAAAUUGUAUGAUAAUAGGAGAACUUAUAAUAAGAAAAAAAUUAUUGAAUUGAAUCUGUAACUAAUUUUUUUAUAUCGUUUAUAAAAGAUGUUUCAAUAAAUUCCAUUUGAUUGCAAAAAUA